GAUGCGUGCUUUGCCUGAAGACCAGGGACAUAAAGAUGGAACCGCGGUCAUCGUUGGCGCCAUCUGCAGCAGAAGAGGAAUCCAUCGCGUUCAGGACACGAACGAAGGUCUCGCUUGUCAAUGUCGAAAUUGAAGAGCUCGAGAGCUUCCUGGAUGACGACCCAUCCUAUCUGGGAUUAGACAUGGACGUUAUCGAGGAAGAGGAGAACUACCGGCGCUUUCUCACUUCGCUGCUGCCAAAUGUCGACGACGAAGAAAAUUUGAGCUUCUUGUCGGAGGAAGAUGAUGAGUAUCAGCCCCACGAAGAGGACGAGGACGCAGACGAUGACGAAGAUACAAUCGACACAGAUGACAUUCCUAAGUCCGAACUGUCGGGACUGUUAUGGGAUUCGUCCAAGCUCAAAGUAUGCGAAGCAGGAACAACCUCUGCGAUGGCGAAUUUGCUUCCUGCAACGUCGUCGUCGAAGCCAUCGUCAGGGUCGUCGUUCGUUUCGAUUCAACCUGGAUCGCAACUCAAGGGGUCGCUCACUCCGCAACAAAUGGCACACCUAGCGUCGCAAAUGCACAAGCACUUUCAACUGCUGUGUCAAAGCAUGCUGUUGUCUCCAUCAGAGGAAGCGAAGAAUAUGAUCUUGGACUUGCAACGUCGUGGGGAAGCAGUGCGUCAGUGGAAAGAAUCGGUGGUGCGGAAGGUGAACCAUCUCCCAGACCCGGCUCCAGACUCUGCUGUCAAUGCACACACCUCGUCGUCCAUCCGUUCAAGGCGCAUCACGCGCUCGUUCAGCGCUGCCCACGCUGCCAUCAUCAGUCCCAGCAUGUACGAGAUCCACGGGCUUCAGCAAUCCUUGGAUAACAUCACGAUGGACAACUUGACGUCCCACCUCGGAGCUGUGGAUUUCCACUUGACAAAUCCGGCCAAGGCCGAAGACGCAAAGUUCACCGCUAGUGAAGAUCGACUGCUGGUGCACGGUGUCAAGCAAUGCUGUCCCAAGAUCAAUUGGCACGUGAUCCAGCGCCAGUUUCUCCCGAUGAAGACGCAAGACCAAUUGAGAACACGGUACCGUUUCCUCACGAGCGCCAAGGCGCCCGAGAACCCCGUGAAAGACUUUUUCGAAAACGUCCUUCCACGAGAAAAGAUUCCGUGGCUGAUCGAGGAAGAACUGCGUUUGAUGCGCGGCAUGGCAUCGUUCCCCGAAGGCGAGCGCAAUCGCUUUGCAAAGAUUGCCCACUCUCACUUGCCCCACCGGUCUCGGAGUGAAAUCCGAAAAAGAUGGGCACGCCUCAUGGCGGACAUGCCAGAAUUUAACGUGGAUGCAUCAUGGUCAGACGAGAAGCAACAGAACGAACGACUCAGGUUGUACCUCGAACACAAACUCAAGGAAAAGGAAGUCCAAGAGCGUAUUGAAGAAGCAGCCGCUCGGGAACGCAAGGCGACGACAACCAAUGCGCCGCCAGAGUGCACUGAUAAGCAUCUGCACCCAGCACUGUUUUACACCCCGUGGGCGCUGUUGCACCCAUCGUACCUCCUCGAACACACAUGCGAGCACAACUGGCCAUGGCAGGCCAAAGGAAGCUCAAGACACAGUGCUAACGAAGAAAUAGCAACUGAAAAGUCCUGGCGCAGUUUCCUCUCCGAAUGCGACGAUGACGAAGACAGCGAGUACGAGCAGGAAGAUUUACCAUCCUCAGAUGACGACGGCCCCACUGGCGACACACACACCAAACCACACGUGGAGCCAACCCUUCGCCUGACUCAUUUGAAUGGACUGCACACGACGGAAAAGACCAAACGGACGCUGGCAGCAUUGGAACGCCGGAUUAGCGGUGCCCCCGCCGCCCCACGCCACGAUGCUUUCUCGUCAUCGUUCUUGGAAGUCGAGCAUCUCGUGUAUAAUAGCCCGAGCAACGAUGACGACGACGACUUUGAAUGCGAAGAGUUGCUCCCGAGUUCCGACGAAGAGGACUCCCCGUUGUCCAGCAACGCGCCAGUGGUGCCUCCUACCCGUCUAGAAUUGCUUCAGAAACGCAUGUCGCAAGUCAGUUAAUUCAAACAUGGACAUGUAGCUAGAUGUGUUGUGUUGUGCAUUUUAUGGUGACAACCUGUCUAUGUUAAUCCACAUCGUCGAUGGGAGUGGCUUCGCUCUUGGCGGCCUUGCGCUGACGCAGCGAGCUGUCGGACGAGGCUGACGUCAAUAUCUCCGCAACGACGCCGUUCGACUCUUCCGUCGCCACCUCAAACGGCGUGCGGCCCUGCGAGUCUUUCGCGCUCACGAGGAAAUCAGCAUCUUCCUUUGAAAUAGAUGCCAAGAGGGUUUCGGCCGAUUCGGGGCAACCGUGGAAAGCACACCAGUGGAGAGCGGUCCACCCAUCGUUGUCGGCGUCGCGCACAGGGACACCUUCCUUGAUAAGGGUCUUAAUGACCUUCUCCGUGUCGAUGGGGCUGCCGCACGCGACCAUGAGAGGUGUCCAACCGUCCGAAGUCUUGGUCGUAAACCCAUUGGGGUCGUUCUUCAACACAGACAGCAAUCGAUCAAAGUUGGCUUCGACGCCCAAAUCCCAAGCUUGCUUGAUGGAAUCGGCGACGCUGAUAGACUUCUUGGAUUUGGUAGACUUCUUCGACGGCGCAGGGACAGAAUCGGGAGUGUCGAUCGCGUCUGGGUGGGCCGCGGCAUCGUCCAGCGACUCGUCUUCAAGUUUUUCGUCCCAAUAACGAGGCCCGCCAAUGCCAAAGAUAUGCUUCUUCAAGAGUGCGUUGUCAUACAAGUUGAGCGGUACCAUCACCGACUGGAUAACAACCACUUGGUUGACGCCAAAUUGGAUGUGGAUGAAGCUCGAAAUGCACGCGCCGAUGAGCGUUUGCUGGAUAAAUUCCUUCGACUUCGCGAGCUCAUGGGCAAAGUAGGUCGUUUCCGUCAAGGGGGAAUUUUCCGUGCUCGUGUCAAGGGGCGACUUGGGGGUCGGGACGUAUAUCUUGCGGUUAUCGGGCUUGGCUUCAAUCUUGGAUUUCGCCCACAGACCAAGCAACAACGACAGGAUCUGCAUCAUGAAGAAGGACGCACGUGCGCUGUUGAGGAUCCACGCGUUUUCGAAAUCGAUCUUGCCCAUGAAGUACAUCAUGGGCAGCAUGACCAACAUGCGCCACGGACUCUGUUGCGCCAUCGUCGACGGGGUGGACACUGGCGAAUGGUCAAUGGCCACCACACCGGAAAAAUUUCCCCCUGCAUCGUAAAAACAGGGAACGAAAUCAAUUCGGUCGAAAAGUGUCAAUCCCAAUAAAAUUUUGC